ACUAACUGAAAUCUGAUGGAUGUUAAAAUCAAUUCAAUUGUUAUAAAUCGAAUUGUUUUGGAAUUUCAUGCAAGAAAAGUCUUCAAUUUAUACAAUACAACACACCAGACAUAUUGAAAGCUUGGACUGCUGGAGGAUAUUAAUGAUUGUAAUUUGACAGCAAGGAUAACUGUAGAAAAACAUAAUAUUCAAUAAAUAGUACAUAUAUCUCUGUAUGUAUGUAUCGAAAGGUCACAAAUAUAUAUACGUACAUAUAUAUUUAUAGCUACGCAUGAAUGUCCAUACGAAUUCAGAAACGAAUGUGCGGAGCUUUCGAAUGCCAGGAGCAAUGUCAAUAUUUAACCGCACACAUCAAUCAGGCUAAGCGUUCGCAAUUCUGGAACACAAAAUACUCGCUGUUUUACUAUGUGUAUGCGUGCGUGUAUGUAUGUACAAUAUGUAGUUAUGCAUGGAAUUCACACAAUAAAGUAAAUCUCGUGUUUAUGAGUGAAUUUACCGGGCAUUAGCGCUAAGGCGAGUUGCCUACAACUCUGCCGUAAAAUGGAUAUCUUUAGACGUAAACACAUCAAUCAUUUGACACAUUUUGUAAUCUCAGCAUUAGUUAGCAAAUUGAUUAUAAACAACUCGAAAUAGCAAACCUAAUUGCACAUUAAAACGCAACGCUUAGGCAAUCACAUACGAUUUCUAUAUACAACAAAAAUUUUUAUGCAGCAUGGGGGCGAAUUCGUCGAGCAGAUCGGAUGCAAAUCUGCUCAAUGAUGAUGAUGUAAAUUUCGAUCAUUUUCAAAUAUUGCGCGCCAUUGGCAAAGGUAGUUUUGGCAAGGUAUGCAUUGUACAAAAACGUGACAGUGGCAUACUUUAUGCCAUGAAAUAUGUCAGCCGUUCGGCGUGCGAGUCACGAGGGGCGCUGGGUGGCGUUAUCAAAGAAGUAGAACUGCUUGCAUCACUGGAACAUCCAUUUCUGGUGAAUUUGUGGUUUUCAUUUCAAGAUGAGGAGGAUUUAUUUAUGGUUUGCGAUUUGCUGACUGGCGGUGAUUUAAGGUAUCACCUACAAAAUCGGUUGGAAUUCAGCGAGAAAAGUGUUGCCUUAUUAGUGUGUGAGUUAGGAAGUGCUUUAGAGUAUUUGCAGAAGCAAAGAGUGGUGCAUAGGGAUAUAAAGCCAGACAACAUUCUUUUGGAUGGUGCUGGCCACGCACACUUGACUGAUUUUAACAUAGCGACGAGACUGCAGAAGGACGCACUUGCAUGCAGCAUGUCCGGCACCAAACCGUAUAUGGCGCCGGAGGUGUUCAUGUGCGCUUUGGAAGAAAUCGCUGGUUACAGUUUUCCUGUUGACUGGUGGUCGCUGGGUGUGGUUGCGUACGAGAUGCGAGCAAAUGCGCGACCUUUCAUCGUCCAUUCGAAUACGGGGCUGGCUGAAGUGAAGCAUAUAUUAAAUACGCCCGUACACUAUCCACGCUACUGGAGCCCUGAUUUUAUCGAUUUAUUGACUAAAUUACUUUGUGUGCAUCCGGGCGCACGCAUUAGUUCUCAGCAAGAACUUCAACAAACACCGCUUCUACGACAUGUGGACUUCAAGACUAUAUUGGAAAAAAAGUCAAAGCCACCAUUCAAACCACCUGAAGAUCACCUAAAUUGUGAUCCCUGCUUAGAACUGGAGGAGAUGAUUGUCGAAACGCGACCGUUGCAUAAGAAAAAAAAACGUCUAGCAAAGCAACGUUCAGCACAACGUGACAGCGAUCCAGAAACGGUACUUAUAAAAGAGUUCAUUGUAUAUAAUCGCUAUAAAGCACUAAAGCGGAAGGCUAUGGAGAAGAAAGAGAAUGAUUGGCAACGUGAACUUGAGCACGCAAUGGCAAAUUCGAUCGUGACUAGCUUAGCUCCGAUACAGGAGAAGCCGACACCGAUCCAUCUUAGCAGUACUGACGGCGAUGAUGACACUUCCGAAGCAGAAAUCACCACCAUUGGAAAUGUUGUAGCCAAUCUUACCACAACUAUUACCACAUCAGCUCCAACACCAACAACCAUAAACAAAACGAUUUGCAUUACACCAGUGGCAACGCCAGUUAUACAAGGGCCUACAACCACAAGGACUGUCGUGGCAUUACCACCGAUUUGCGUGAAAUGUCAACAACACAAUUCUAGCAGUGGAGUGCCAACCAUACAACAACAAAAAGAACAACAAUCAACAAGCACAAAAGAUAAUGAAAAUAUAGAAUUUAUCGAUCGCACACCUACGCCACCGACACCGCAAGUCAAUGCGCAAGCGACGCCAGCGGUGGAAAAGAAAGCAGACACUUCAGCGCAAACGAAUGUACUGACGUGCGGAUACCCAACUCAUUAAUUUAGCUAUGGGUGGGCUUAAGGGACUAAUGGGGGAAAAUAAAUUGAUAAAUACUCGUAACCGCGCUCGUAAUAUAGACACCUAAGUAUAUAUUUAGCUAUGAUUGGUAUAUGAAAUGAUCGGUAGAUUUAAGGAGAACUAAGCAUUUAAUUUAUUUGUCUUACCUACGUAUGGAUGUCAGAAAGCUCA